GUUGUCUAAAAUCAGAUUGACCAAUAAUCCUGACCCGACCGACCCCUUAUCAGUUCGCCGUAAUCGUAGCCGAUAAACUUCGGCCCCUUCGCUAUCUCUGCCCUCCCUUCAUAUACCAGCCACAAUUACGAGCUACAUACAUCUCACCACAGUUUCCCCAACCCCAUCAGCUACAGACAACCACCAUUCCACCCACCAAUCCCGUUUUUCAUCUGACUCACACUCACAAGGCAUGCCAGAGCAGCCAGACUAUGGCACCACGUCACCGCCACGGCCGUCAUCCAGUGCUUCAAUGUCUCAACAUCCUUUGCAUGACCCCAAAAAUGGACAUGCCUCGGUCGUCUCAUCAGUCAGCAACCUGAGUAAUACUAUUCUUGGCGCUGGCGCCCUCGCUUUCCCCAGUGCUUUCGCUGCGAUGGGUUUAUUACCGGGAAUUCUUUCCUGCGCAUUUUCAGGCGUAACGGCAAUAUUUGGGCUCUAUCUUUUGAGCAGAUGUGCUACCAUUGUCGGAACCCGGCCAGGAGAUGAAGGCAAGAAGGCAAGCUUCAAUGAGAUUGCCAAGUUGACCUUUGGCAAAGGAUGGGCAACCAAGGCUUUUGACCUUGCGAUUGCAAUCAAAUGCUUUGGUGUGUCUAUAUCAUAUUUAAUCAUCUGCAAAACUCUUCUUCCCCAAGUCUGCUACACUAUUGCCAAACUAGUUAAGCAACCAUUACCAGACGACUCUAUCCUUCUGGCAUCCCACUUCUGGCUCAUUGUUUGGAUGGCGAUCAUCACGCCUUUGUCUUUUAUGCGUACUUUGGAUUCCUUGAGGUUCACCAGUCAAAUCGCCCUUCUUACCGUAGUAUACCUUGUACUCGUUGUUGUCGGCUGGUAUACCUUGAAAGGACCAAGUCCAGAGCGGGGGCAGGUUGUCCUCUUCAGGUUUGGCAAGAGCACUCUUUCAAGUUUUCCUGUACAGGUCUUUGCCUAUACAUGCUCACAAAACUUGUUUCCUAUCUUCAAUGAGCUGAAGGACAGGACCCAGAAGAAGAUGAAUACGGUCAUCGGAUCAUCAAUCGGAACUGCCAUUGGUGUUUACCAAGUCAUUGGCAUCGUGGGAUACCUCACAUUCGGCGACAGAGUUAGCAGUAACGUCAUCGCUAUGUAUCCCGCCACCACUAUGCUCGUCGCCAUUGGUCGUCUCGGUAUCGUCCUCCUCGUGGGCCUUUCAUACCCACUCCAACUCUUACCUUGCCGCGCAUCUCUCUAUCACCUGACUCACAGCCUUUUUCACCACCAUGAUGUUUCUGGCGCCCCAACAAAUGGCAGAAGCAUUCAGGAUGAUAGUGAUACAGAUAUGGAGGAUGAAGAGAUUGGCCCGCUGGUGCCCAAGGCUCACGAGGAUCAUGCUCAUCACAAGCAUGACAUGCCGCAGCUACAGUUUUUGGUGCUUACCCUGGGUAUCCUGAUUUCUGGCUUUCUAAUUGCUUACAAUGUCCAUGAACUUGAUAUUGUUUUGAGUUUCGUCGGUUCGACAGGAUCCACAAUCAUCUCGUUCAUUCUGCCUGGAUUCUUCUACUUUAGACUUUUCCGUGAUGAGCCUGGGACGAUGAAGUGGUGGGCUUUGGCAUUGGGUAUAUAUGGACUAGGUGUAAUGGGCUUCUGUUUGACAUUCAAUAUUAUCAAACUUGUACAGCACUAAACAUAUAGAAAUUCACAUAUCAUCCAUACAGUCAAAAAUAUACCUCAUGUAUAAGUAUAG